AUGGCCGUGAUUCAUUCUGAUUUGUUUCCCUCUCAUCCCAAAUCCAAUAAAAUGUUUGAAACCACUCCAGCUCUUGCUACAGCUACUAAAGCUACUCCAGCUCCUAUUACAGUCACUGGUGUCCCUACUGAUCCACAACUUCUGCAAAUAUAUAACACCCUGAGUAGACCCCAACGAAGACUAUACGUUCGUUUCGACAAUCAAGGGAAACUCCUUUUUUUGCAAGAGGAGAGAAAAAAAUCAAUACGUUUGCUUAGAUGGUGUACAUUUGCCAUUGAACUUUUCACUAAUAUUUGUUAUAAAUGUUAG